CAGGUAACCAGUGCAGGCGAUGAAGAGUAGGUGUUAUAUGCUCAAAGGUUGAUGCUAUAAGGUUGAUUGAAGAAUAAUAUAUCAUAAAGAUGAUGGUGGAUACUACACAGCAACGAAGUUCAAGAAGUUCAGAAAAUAAAGGGUUGAAUUUGAACUCGUUAUUGCCACUCUGUAUCCGUAAACUACACAAGGAGAGCAGCGGAUAGAAUUGAACCUGGAGAGCACAAGCUACAGUACUGUACAGUAUAUGUGUUUAUGGCUUUAUGUCAGUUGUAUUUGUUUUGUUUUUUUCUUUAUUUCUUUCACAUCUAAUGGCAAGUAAAGUACACUCUCCACUUACAGGAUGGAAUGAUGCUUUAUAAACUAAAAGUCUCUUUUCUGUAACAAUGCUGGGAGUCCAAGACUGGAGCUGGUUUUAGUCAAAGAAAAACAUAUCCUGGUGACAGGAUUUGAACCUAGGAACCUGGGACUAAAAGGUAAACAUCUUUUAAAAACCAAGAUACAGCUUCACCUGAGUAGUUGAUUAAAGAGUAGAUGCAUAGCUGACCACGAAACCUUCUACUGAUAAGAAGAGAAGCGUGUUACUUAACUCCAGGUUUAUGUGAAACAAAAUCAUUCAUGUCACAACCGAUACAAGGAAAGAACUACAAAUUUUCAUACAAGCAUAAAAAAAACCCCUAAGUCGAUUGGUCAUCAUAUGAUUUAGUAAUUUGAAUAACCAAUGAGAUAUCUUGUUCGAAGUUUAAUUGUUUUAUGUCAUUUAGGUGUUAUAUGUAACUGCUGUGACAGUGGAAGACGAUAUCUCUUACAUUUCAUGCUGAAAUUUCUUGUUUAAAAUUGAAGAAAUCAAGAAGCCUACUAUUUCGUACGAUUAAUUGACAAAUACUGAGGCCUGCCCAGUGUGUGCCGACCCAGUUGAGACUCAGGAGCCGGAAAAAAAAAAAUGCUGAGUGGCUUUAGAGUAUUUACUGGAAUUAUGAUGUACAGUAUACAAAACUGAUGUCACAAAUAGAUGUCUAAAAAGAAAUAUCAGAAAUCAUGGAAUUCAAAUAUAUUAUUAUCAUCGUACUUUCUACAGUCAUCGUCACUCUGAUUUUUUACACAUUUUUUAAUGUCUGCUACAGAAAAUUUUGUAGAAAGGAGUUGAUAGUUUAUAAAGUGCCAGAGGAUGAGGAGGAACCAAGAGUCUACUAUGACCCAGAUGAAAAUAAUAGCGAAAGUUCUUUACCAGAUUCUGUUGCUCAGCAGAAUUCAGACAUCAAUGAUUUACCUGGUGGCAGUGUGAAAACACAAUCAAACAUUUUCAAAAAAGCAGGCAAUUCAUUAAAUAGAAGACGAAUGCCAAGCUGGCAUCAGGUGAUCAGAAUUAUAAAAACAGAACCAAAAGCACCAGCAAACACAAAUAAUUUUGCAACAUUUAAACCACAUAACCGCAAAAGUAUUUUUAGACCAAUUAUGCAACAAAAUCCACUAGCGGAAAUGAAAUGCAGAGAAGAUGAUGUACAGAAUACUGGUGAUUAUAUAUCAACAGGAACAAGUUCAAUAACCAUCCACCAUCGAGCACAGAAUAUACAACAGGUAUCUGCACAAGUACACCAAGUGCAUACAUCAGAUGUAGCAGACAAAAAAAAUCAAUGUGGGUCUCCACUUGACAAUGAACAUCAGACAACACAAGUUAUCCUUGUCGAAGAAAACACGGGCGAUACUUGUGAGGGACAGCAGGAUGAUGAAGAGAUUAUGCAAACACCGUUAGAAAAUCAUUCAUAUGAUGAGCCUGAAUAUCUGGAGGUGGAUCCUAAUUACCCUAGACUUUCAAAUAAUUUAACCAAAAGCGUUGACCUAUUACAUGAAAAAUGUGCACUAAAAGUGGAAAGCAAUGAGAGUUUGUAUGAUAAUUUUGUUUUAACUUCUUCUUAUAAAAAGCGCAAACUUUUUAAUCUAAGUAGCUCAAUGUUUAAUGUAAAUAGCAAAACAAAUGAGGAUAGUUUGUUGUGUGAUACACGACUUUCUAUUGGGAGUUACUGCAUUGAAAAUGAAUCUGAACACCAUUAUCGAGACUAUGUCAUUCCAAAUCCACAUUCACAUGACAUUUGCUCUUAUGAUGAUUGUCAAUCUGAAGAAAGCGAAAUAUAUGUACCGAUGAACCCAGUCUCGCCAAACCAAGAAUCCGUGGUUGCUGCUGAGAGCCCAUACGUCAACACCAAACCAGUGUUGUGUUCUUCCAAGAGCAAAGAGCCCCAAUCAGGAACGUAUGUGGGUUUGUCAUCUCUUCCACAUUCUCCAACAAUGACUCAUAUACAGGUUUGUGCUGAAGAAUUUGAAGAGCAUUCUCAAAUGAAAUAAUUUGAAAAUCAGAACAAAGAUGACCCUUCUUAGAAGCAAUAACGCUGCUGAGUAUCGAGAAGCAAAGCAAUUAAGACCCUGAGUGUAGUAUUGUAAGAAUCUGGUUAUAGACCUGAGAAAAGUCAGAUUGUAAACGACUGAACAAUUUAAAAAUGUGGUAUUGUACAAAGAAUUACACAUUUCAAAGAGCCAGGCUUUCCUUGACAAUCUGAUAAAUGGACGCAGCUAUCAAGGUAAAUACUUUUCAGAGAUAGAAGAGAUAAAUUCUAUGAACAGAUAAUUAGUGAAGCUGGGGACUCACUGCGUCACACGACGGUUGUAUGACGAAUCCAACUUCGUUCCCCGCGAGCGCCAGACAAAACGAUGCCGUCGGCUGACUGUCUGUGGCAGUUUGAACGGAUUGUCGUUAAAAACGAUCUGUUGUGUGUGCGUCAUGGCGUUACGUUCUCCACAGAACCCUGUCGAUCGACAACUGCUGGCUUAAGAUAAAAAAGCAAUUUAUCUGGAUUUGGUUUGAUUCAUGCUUUUAUGUAGUCGCUUCUGUGUUCUUACUUUUUUGUAGUUGCUCUGUAGGUCAACACAGGGUCAACUAACUGUAACAUUCAACCUGUGUACACUACCAAGGUUAAAGCUGUGUGGUGUGAGAACAAAUGCAAUCCAGGCAUGAAACAACCCAGACUGGUUCACACAAAAAACUGUGUCAGGAUUGGCUUUACUCUCUAGUCUGAACAUAACCUAGGAUUUGUUAUUUUUAUUUGUUCUGACAUGAUUUGUAUAAUGUAUAAAACAUAAACAAAAGACAGUGAUUUGACCUUUAAGAUACAAGGAAGUAUCUCUUAGAAAGUCCACAACAAAAUUGAUACAGAAAGUGAAAUCAUGUCAACACAUAAGUUGAUAGAAUGUAAGUACUGCAGUUUCAUUCCGAUCAAAAAAAAAAAACCAAAAAAAUAUCAGUUAAAAUGUGGGCGGAGUCUCACAAUGUUUUAAACAUGUUUCUGUUGGCUGAAAAUUCACCUUGCAUAAAAACAUGUAUACAGUUGAACUUGCCUAAGUUAAAAAAAAAAAAUUGAAAAAUUGUUCGACUUGGAUAAAAUUCGACUUACAGAUUUUUAACUAAUGGAAAACACAACAAUCCAGCAUGUAAAAUAAAAUUGACUUAGAAAUUAUUUGAGUUAGGUAAAGUCAACUUAGGCAAAUUUAACUGUAGAUAUAUUCUUGACUUCAUAAAAAAAACUGCAAUACACAGCUGAAUGGAACUUUCCAGAGUGUUAAUCAGGACAGUGCAGGAAUACGUGCAUAGAGUACCAUGGUCGUGUCGUCACGACGCCAGGUGGCGCUCUCUGUUGUCAACAGACGUUGGUCACCGUUCAUUACGCCUGGAUGACUUCAUAGGCUUUCUGGAAUAGGCAUUUUAAAAUCUAUA